AUGUCCAUCGAGUUGUUUGACAAUGGGUCAAUCCCUGUGUUGGAAGAUGCUCGAUACAUUCCCGUCUUGUUGAUUGGUUCUUUGUCGAGUUUGUUGUCCUUGCUUGGGUCUUCCUGUAUCAUGUACAUGGCUUAUCCGGAGGUGCGCACCAAACUGAUGCAUCGACUGCUGUUUUGUCUGAGUUUGUCCGACUGGAUUUCUAGUAUGAGUCUCCUGGUAAUGCCAUAUUUGAUUCCUUCCUUUUUGGGGUUAGCAGGUGCUGUGGGCAGUUUCGCUUCAUGUGCCGGCAUUGGCUUUUUCAUGCUGGUGGGCAGCAAAAUGGGAUGUUGUUACAAUGCCUAUCUAAGCAUCUACUACUAUUUGGUUGUCGUACGAAAUUGGAGAGAAGCCGAUUUUGCCAGACGACCCCAUUUGGAAAUGGCAGGGCAUGUCGUGGCCAUCUUCGCCACCUUGGCCAUUGAAGUGGCCGCAGUCGCCACACAAUCCAUCAAUCCCACACCCGCUAUUAACAAUCUCUGUAUCUAUGCGACCUGGCCCUGGGGAUGUAUUGAUUCGCCAGAGGUCGAGUGUACCCGAUCGUCCGAGUCCACCUUUAAACUACUCGUGACCAUGUCGGGACCCAUCUAUUUUUUGUUUUCCAUGGCAGGAUUCCUCACAGCGGCUCUGGUGUUUGCCAAAGUCAGAAGCACCCUCCAAAAGAGCAGCCAAUAUCGAUUUGAAAAUAACAACGACCGAACCAGCCAAACUAGCACUGCAGCUAGAUCCAUCUCUUCCACCACGACAACAGAUGAUCCCAACAACAAACGGAUUCAAGAGGUGGGAAUCCAAGCCGUCCUUUACACAUUGGCAUACUUUCAAAGCUUCUUUUGGCCACUCAUGACCAUCAUCGUGUCGCAAGCAUUCAAGAGCUCAGAGCUGAUUCACAAAAAGCUAGAACCGGGCUUUUACGCCUUGACCAUCCUUUUUUUUGUAUUUUUCCCCAUUCAGGGUUUUUUCAACUUUUUCAUUUACACACGGGGCAAAGCCAAGCGAUGGAGAACUGUAGAACCAGACAAGUCUAUUUUUUGGAUCUACAAACAAAUUGUGGCACGUAUACCACCACCGGCCAUGUCCACUAUCUCCAGAAUCUGCUCCAAAAACGCCAAGCCCACACCAAGCACUGAACAACCACAACAGCAAACUCCACAAGUACAAAUUCACACGACAACAAAUCCCAACAAACAAUAG